CGUGACUGACGUCAACUCGGAAGUUGCGCUGCGUCUUUGAAAUUCAAGGCGCCAGCCGGAGAGACCCAAAGGGAUGUCGGAGCCGGUCCGGUUGGGUCUGAAGCGAGCCCUGCCCUCGUGCCCGAACCCGCUGUUCGUCACGUGGCUCACGGAGCUCCGGGACCAGGCGCGGGAGAAGGGGCUGAAGAUCCAGUACACGUACCAGAAGGCCAUCAGCUCUUUGAACAAGUACCCGCUACCGCUUGAAAACGCCAAGGAGGCAAAGAUCCUGCAGAACUUUGGGGACGGCAUCUGUAAAAUACUGGACCAGAAACUGCAGCGGUACCGGAGAGAGAACGGGCUGAACACUUCUAUUCACUCUCUCCCUGAAGCAGCGCCCCCUGCCGGUGGGCGGGACAACAACAGCAUGGCUCCCUCCAGAAAGAAGAAUGCAGCAGGGGACCAAGGGAAAGAAAAAGGAGGAAGAGGAGGGAGGAAGAAGAGGGACUACGUGCCCCAGAAGAGGUCUGGGGGAUACGCUGCGCUGCUCGCCCUCUACAGACAGUCGCAGAUCUCCGGGAGCAAAGGUUACAUGUUCAGGAUGGAGCUGCAGGCCGAGGCUCAGCUCCUGUGCGACAAGUCGUUCACCGUUCCGGAUGUCGGGAGCAAGUACACGGCCUGGUCCUCCGUGAGCACCCUGAUGAAGAAGAGCUUUGUGCUGAAGACCCACAACCCGGCAAGGUAUUCUCUGACUGAGGACGGUCUGGCUCUGGCGGAGCGACUGGAGGCGGCAGAACGAGACGGAGGAGGAGGGGAGGAGGCUAGGAGGGAAGGGGAGGAGGACAAGGAGGCUAGGAGGGAAGAGAAGGAGGGAGAGGACGACGCGCUCGUGGACCUCACUAGGAGUGAUGAGGACGAAGACGGAAUACACCCAGCUGAGGGGCAGGUGGGCGUCUCCCAGCAGCUCCGUGACGUUGGUUCUUCUUCUGGAUCGACUCGGACCUCUCAGGCUCGUCUUCUGCCCGGAGACUAUGACAUCAUACUCUGCGUGGACUUCGUCGAGACCACCGGUGGCAGCCGGCGUAAACCGGAUUUGGAAGCCGAGCUGCAGAGAAACGGAGUGAAGUACGAUGUCAGGAAGCUCAACGUGGGAGACUUCCUGUGGGUCGCCCGGGAGAAGGUGAACCCGGUACCAGGUCAGCUGCGAGCCCCGAGCCGGGAGCUCGUCCUCGAUUACAUCAUCGAGAGGAAGAGGAUGGACGACCUGUGCGGGAGCAUCAUCGACGGACGCUUCCGGGAGCAGAAGUUCCGGCUGAAGAGGUGUGGCCUCCGGAGGCCGUGCUACCUGGUGGAGGAGUGUGGCUCGGCCGCCGCCCACCUGAGUUUACCUGAAGCCACGCUGCAGCAGGCCAUCGUCAACACACAGGUAGUCGAUGGCUUCUUUGUGAAGAGAGUCCAGGAUGUGAAGGAGUCGGCGGCUUACCUCACUGUCAUGACGCGAUACCUGAUCAAACUGUAUCAGAACCGGACGCUGCUCUGUCGCUCCAGAGAGCUGGAGGGGGACAGAGCGAGUGAGGAGGAGAGAGAGAGCCCCUCCUGCUCCCUCAUCUCCUUUCAGGAGUUCAACCACGGGGCGAUCAAAAACAAGUGUCAGACGCUGAGAGAAGUGUUCGCCAGACAGUUGAUGCAGGUCAGCGGUUUGUCUGGAGACAAAGCUGCUGCUGUCCUGGAGCUCUACAGCACCCCCCACAGCCUGCUCUCGGCCUAUGAGCGAUGUGCCAGUGAAGCCCAGAAGGAGAAGCUGCUCUCCUCCAUCCGAUACGGGAAGCUCAAAAGGAACCUGGGCCCGGCUCUGAGCAGAACCCUCUACCAGCUGUACUGCACUCCAGGAGCUCUGUCCUAGAGGUUCAAGAACACUUCGAACUGCGUACACCAGACUCUACUUCACGACUGUAACAUGUUGGUAUGAAAGAACUUCACCAAUGUAUCCUCGUACUGAAUCGAUACAAUGUAUCAUCGUGAAUACAAUGUAGCAUCAUGGAUACAAUGUAGCAUCGUGAAUACAAUGAAUAGAUACAAUGUAUCAUGAA